AUGGACUCCCAACGUAAACUCCACGACUCAAUUGAUGACCUUUUCGACGCUUCUCUGCAUCUCGAGCAAACCCAUCUUCACGAAGGGUUCGACGAGGGGUACAAGGAUGGUUUGUCCUCUGGAAAAGAAGAAGGAAGACAAGUAGGCCUUAAACUAGGGUUUGAAACUGGGGAGGAGCUAGGGUUUUACCGCGGUUGCGUCGAUGUCUGGACAUCCGCAGCUCGGAUUGAUCCAACCCAGUUCUCUGCGAGGGUCCAUAAGAGCAUCAAACAGAUGGACGAGUUGAUCCGAGAGUACCCAGUUGCGGACCCAGAAAAUGAGAGGAUCCAAGAGAUUAUGGGGUCCUUGAGGUUGAAAUUUAGGGUUGUUUGUGCUACAUUAUCUGUGAAAUUGGAGUAUAAGGGGUGCCCAAAAAGUUCUGAGAUUAAGGAGAUUGAAUUUUGAAGGGUGCUCUGGGUUUACAGGAGAGGGAAUAUUGCUAGUUUUAGUGUUUUUGCUUUGUUUCAGAAGUUGUUAAUAUAUGUGUGUAUAAGCUUUGUCCAAUGGAGGUUUUCCACUGCAUUUAUUUAUUUUAUACAGUGGAGGUUUGGUUUAUUUGAUUUGUAUUGCUCAAAUAUUUCUUGCGUGGUAGUGAUUUUUCUCAAUGGAUUAAUUGAACCAUCUAAUUUUGCUA